AUGGAGAAGAACAACGACAUCAAAACUCUUCCAGUCACCCUCCUGUCAGGGUUCCUAGGAAGUGGUAAGACUACCCUCCUUGAGUAUAUACUCAAAUCCACCGAUCACGGCCUCAAAAUUGCCGUGAUAGUGAAUGAUAUGGCUUCCCUUAAUAUCGACGCUGCACUUAUCUCACACCACAAAGUCUCCCAGACUCAGGAGAAGCUGAUCCAGCUACAAAAUGGCUGCAUAUGCUGCACUCUUCGAGGUGAUUUACUCGCUGAACUUGCACAUUUGGCUCGCUCACCAGGCAUGGUGGAUUAUGUCAUCAUUGAGAGCACAGGAAUUAGUGAGCCGAUGCAAGUAGCGGAGACAUUUACGUCGGAAUUUAGCGCUGCUAUGAUGGAGCUUGAUCCCGAGCAGAUGGAUAGUACCAGUCAGGAAGAAAGGAAAAUUCUCGAGGAAGUUGCUGAACUAGGAGGACUUCAGAAACUCGCCAAACUCGAUACAACAGUUACAGUUAUUGACGCUUUCAAUCUUUUCUCUAACUUCCAUACCGCCGAAUUCUUAUCCGACCGAUACGGUUCUGACGAGGUUGCGCCAGAAGACGAGAGAACCAUCUCGGACUUGAUGGUUGAUCAGAUUGAGUUUGCGGACGUACUUAUAGUGAACAAGAUUGGUAGUGUUGAUGAACAAGUGCGUCGAAGAAUUCGGGAACUUGUCAAGUUGCUCAAUCCUGACGCCAAAGUCAUCGAGACGAAUUACUCGAGAGUGAAUGUUGCAGAUAUUGUGCAGACCGGUAAAUUUGACUUUGUCAAGGCCGCGUCCGGUGCAGGAUGGCUGAGAAGUCUGCACGAGAUGACGACGAUGAAUACUGCGGAUGGCAAGAAGAGACUGGCACCAAAGCCGGAAACUCUUGAAUACGACAUCAACAAUUUCGUUUAUUCGGCAAGGCGGCCAUUUCAUUCCCGUCGGCUCUUUGCGCUCCUUCAGGACAAGUUCAUCAUUCUUCAGGGACGCGAAACCGAGGAGGCCGACACCGUCGACGGAGAAGAAGAUGACGACCAGGAAAUGAGCGAAGCUGAAGAAGAAGAGGAGACCAAUAAGAUCGCUGAUUUUGAGCAACUCGAACCAUCAGUAAUUCUAGAAAACAAAAGAUUGCACGCAGCUUUUGGCCCUGUACUCCGAUCCAAGGGAUUCUUUUGGCUUGCAACUCGAAGUCUACAAUUUGGUGAAUGGAGUCAGGCAGGCGGUAUCUUGACCAUGAGUUGUGGCGGAGUCUGGUUUUCGGAGCUUCCCCGUGAGAUGUGGCCCAGUGAUAAAGACAUUAUUGCGUCGAUCGAGCGAGAUUUCUCAGGUCAGUGGGGAGAUCGCAGACAGGAAAUUGUUUUUAUUGGGGAGGGAAUCGAUGCUGGCCGGAUAUCGGAUGCCUUGGAUCAGUGCCUCUUGAAUGACAAGGAAAUGUGGCAGUGGGAGAGGAUCAUGAAAAACCCGAAACUGACACCGGUGCAAAAGGAGGAGGCAUUGAAUGAUUUAUGGGAAGACGGUUGGGAGGACUGGCCCGACGUAGAUGUGAUUAACGUGGAUGAGGACGAUGAGAUGCGAGUUCCUCAGGAUGACAGCAUCGCUCGACAGAAGCGAAAAGCGAGUCAUCACUUAGGUCAUGAGCACAAGCAUGGCGGUCAUCAUCAUUCACACGCUCGCGCUAUUCAUGCUUAA